AUGGCUGAACUGAUUGAUGGUAAAGCCUGUGCUCAAGGCAUUCGUGCUUCUAUCAAGGAGGAGAUAGAGGCCAUUAAGCAGCAAAAUCCUUCCUUUGUGCCAACGUUGACCAUUGUUCAAGUUGGUGACAGACCUGACUCAGCUACUUAUGUGCGUAUGAAGAGAAAAGCUGCUGAGGAGGCAGGCAUCAGGGCCGACUUCUUGCAUUUGGCUGAGGAUGUGAGUGAGAAUGAGUUAUAUGAAGAAGUUACGAAGUUGAACGAGAACCCAGAUAUCCACGGUGUCAUUGUUCAAUUGCCAUUGCCAGGUCACAUUAACGAGGACAAGAUCACCUCCGCAGUUGUAGCAGAGAAAGAUGUUGAUGGAUUCGGUCCAAUUAAUAUUGGUGAAUUGAACAAGAAGAACGGUAAGCCAUUCUUCUUGCCAUGUACACCAAAGGGUAUCAUUGAGCUAUUGAAGCAGGCUGGUGUCCAGAUAGCCGGAUCAAAGUCAGUUGUUAUUGGUAGAUCAGACAUUGUGGGCUCACCUGUAGCUGAAUUGUUGAAAUCGUUGGACUCUACCGUAACUAUCACACACUCUAAAACUCCAGAUAUCCCAAGUUACUUGAACGACGCUGACAUUGUUGUCGUUGCCAUUGGUAAACCUGAGUUUGUCAAAGGAGAAUGGUUUGCUAACAAUAAGAAGGGUGCAGUGGUUAUUGACGUUGGUACCAACUAUGUUGAUGACUCAACCAAGAAGUCUGGUUACAGAUGCUGUGGUGACGUUGAAUUCAAAGAGGCUUGUAAAUAUGUUAGGAAAAUUACUCCUGUUCCAGGUGGUGUCGGUCCAAUGACGGUUGCCAUGUUGAUGCAAAACACUCUUAUUGCAGCAAAGAGGCAGUUGGAAACUGGUGGUAAGUUAUCUGAGUUUGAACCUUUACCAUUACAACUGAAGAGGCCAGUUCCUUCCGAUUUUGAGAUUUCUAGAGCUCAAAAGCCAAAGCAGAUUACCAAAGUGGCAUUGGAAGCUGGUAUUCUUCCAUCUGAGCUUGAACCAUAUGGAUCUACAAAGGCCAAGGUCAGCUUGAAUAUUCUUGAUCGUCUAAAGGAUAGGGAGAAUGGUAAGUAUAUUCUUGUUACUGGUAUUACACCAACCCCGCUAGGUGAAGGUAAGUCUACAACAACUGUCGGUUUGACUCAAGCUCUGGGUGCCCACUUAAACAAAACUGUCUUUGCUAAUGUUCGUCAACCUUCAAUGGGUCCUACAUUUGGUAUCAAAGGUGGUGCAGCAGGUGGUGGUUACUCCCAGGUUAUUCCUAUGGAUGAGUUCAAUUUGCAUGUGACUGGUGACAUACACGCUAUCUCAAUGGCUAACAACUUAUUAGCUGCUGCAAUUGAUACUAGAAUGUUCCAUGAGUCAACUCAAAAAGAUGGUCCAUUGUACAAGAGACUUGUGCCAGCUAAAAAGGGUGAAAGAAAGUUCACCCCAACUAUGUUAAGAAGAUUAAAGAAAUUGGGGAUUGACAAAACCAAUCCAGAUGAUUUGACCGAUGAAGAAAUUACCAGGUUUGCACGUUUAGAUAUAGAUCCAGAAACAAUUACUUGGAGAAGAGUUGUGGAUUGUAAUGAUAGAUUUUUGAGAGGUAUCACAGUUGGUGAAGCACCCACCGAGAAAGGCUUCACUAGAAAGACUGGUUUCGAUAUUUCAGUCGCCUCAGAAUGUAUGGCAAUUUUGGCCUUAUGUAACUCAUUAUCUGACAUGAGAGAACGUUUAGGUAAGAUUGUCGUUGCGGCAUCCAAGUCUGGUGAACCAAUUACCUGUGAGGAUAUCGGUUGUGCCGGUGCCAUGACUGCUCUAUUGAAGGAUGCAGUAAAACCAAAUAUCAUGCAAACCUUGGAAGGAACUCCAGUUUUUGUCCAUGCUGGUCCUUUUGCUAAUAUUUCCAUUGGUGCUAAUUCUGUCCUAGCUGAUAAGAUAGCAUUAAAGCUUGCAGGUGUUGAUCCAAAGCUCCCAGAAGAAAAGAAGAAAGAACAAGUUGGCUAUGUUGUCACUGAAGCAGGUUUUGAUUUUACCAUGGGUGGUGAGAGAUUCUUAAACAUCAAAUGUAGAUCUUCCGGAUUAGUCCCUGAUGUUGUUGUGAUUGUUGCCACAGUCAGAGCUUUGAAGGUACACGGUGGUGGACCUGAGGUAAAGGCUGGUGCUCCUUUACCAUCUGAAUACUUGAACGAAGAUGUAGAACUACUGAGGAAGGGUUGUGCAAACUUGGCCAAGCACAUUGAAAAUGCUAAGCAAUAUAACUUACCAGUAGUUGUUGCUAUCAACAAAAUGUCCUCUGAUACAGACAAAGAACAUGAAGUAAUCCGUGAGGAGUCCCUGAAGGCCGGAGCUUAUGACGCUAUAGUAUCAGACCACUGGGCAGAAGGUGGCGCUGGUGCUGUAGACUUGGCUAAAGGUAUCAUUAAGGCAGCUGAUGAAACUGACAACAGCAAAUUCUCUUUCCUAUAUGAAUCACAGGGUAAAGUAGAAGACAAGAUUCAAAAGAUCGCCAACGCCAUGUAUGGUGCUAAGGAUGUUGAAUUCUUACCAGAGGCUCAAAAGAAGAUCGAUCUAUACACAAAACAAGGUUUUGGAGAUCUCCCAAUCUGUAUUGCCAAGACUCAGUACUCCUUGUCUCAUGAUGCUAACUUGAAGGGUGUUCCUAAAGACUUCACUUUCCCAAUCAGAGACAUCAGAGCCUCUAUUGGUGCUGGUUACUUGUACGCUUUGGCAGCUGAAAUCCAAACCAUACCUGGUCUUCCAACCCACUGUGGCUUUAUGAACAUUGAAGUCAACGAAGAUGGUGAAAUUGAAGGUAUGUUCUAA